AUGCCGGACGGCGGCGAUGCGACUCAGAUCGAUGUGAACGCGCCGUUUGCGGGACACGAGUUUCACUCGAUUUAUAUCGUCGUCUGUACCUUCAUCGUCUUCUUCAUCCUGCCUGGUAUCGGUUUCCUAUAUAGCGGCCUCACGAGGAGAAAGUCUGCAAUGGCAUUCAUGUUUCAGGCAUUCCUGAUACUCGCGGUUACCACAUUCCAAUGGAUAUUCUGGGGAUAUUCCCUGACCUAUUCGAGAGACGGCGGUCCAUACAUUGGGACACUGAAGAACUUUGGCCUCAUGGAUGUUCUGGCAGCCCCGUCUCCGGGCUCAGCCGUUCUUCCCGAGAUUUUGUUCUGCAUGUUCCAGCUUCUGUUCGGGUCCUGCACAGUGAUGAUUGUUAUCGGUGGCGCCUUUGAACGAGGCAACAUUUUCUCAUCCCUCAUAUUCGCCUUCGUUUGGGAAACCAUUGUAUACUGCCCUCUCGCUCGGUGGACCUGGAGUGCUCAAGGAUGGCUAUAUAAUCUCCCAUCCAUUGACUUUGCCGGAGGUGGCCCAGUCCAUAUCGCCUCGGGAUGCGCCUCGCUCGCGUAUGCCGUCGUCCUUGGAAAGCGCAAGGGCUAUGGUGAACCUUCCAUGAAACGCCCCCACAACACCACCCUUGUUUUCCUGGGCACCAUCUUCAUCUGGACCGGCUGGCUCGGGUUCAACGGUGGCUCCACGCUUAGCGCUAGCGUUCGUGGCUACAUGGCCGUUAUGAACACCAAUGUUGCAGCAUCAACCGGUAUCCUCGGCUGGGUUCUCGUUGACAUGAUCCGUAACAAGGGCAAGUUCUCUCUUGUUGGAGCCUGUGAAGGAGCUAUUGCCGGCCUUGUCGGUAUCACCCCCGCAGCUGGGUGUGUCACCGUCUGGUUGGCCGCUCUGAUAGGAUUCCUCACUGCUGUCGUGUGUUCGCUGUGCAAGAACAUCAAUGACUGGAUGCGCGUCGACGAGGGAAUGGAUGUCUUCAAGCUGCAUGGUCUCGGUGGUAUGGUUGGCUCAUUCCUCACCGGUAUCUUUGCGGACCAGUACAUCUCCGCCUUGGAUGGCGGCUCCCUCAUCCCUGGGGCCAUCAACGGCGAAGGGGUUCAGGUUGGCAAGCAGCUCGCUGAGAUCUGUGCCAUCUCUGCCUACUCCUUCGUCAUGACCGCCGUGAUCCUAAUGAUCAUGAAGUAUAUCCCAUACGUUGGAGUCCGGGUUUCGGAGGAGGCCGAGCUUGUUGGUUUGGAUGCAUCUUUCUUUGUGGAUGAGCAGGUCGGAGACUGGUCUGUGCUCGAGGGCAUCAGGAGUUCACCCUUGAUGGGGGUGUCGCAAGCACCGUCGGAAGAGGUGCAACAAACGGCGUCGGAGAUCAAGACCGCCUAG